UUGUCAAUGAGUAAAAUCUUAAUUUAUUUAUGACAGAUAAAGAGAUAAAUAAUCCUGAUUUAUUCAAUUCUUCACAAUAAUAAGAGAAAAAUAAACAAUGCUUUUUAUAAUACUGUUUUAAAAGAGAACAGUAAAUAAUACUAAUAGAGACAUGGGCGAUAGUGAUGACGAGGGUAUCCUAACAGGAUUCCUUUUUGGUAACAUUGAUGAAUCAGGAAAUCUAGAAAGUGAUGUUUUUGAUUCCUCUGAGCAAAAACACCUUGCUUCCCUGGGAAAGUUAGGUUUUGGUUCAUUUGUAAAAGAUAUAAUCAAAGAUGAGAUAGAGACUGAUUCCCAAUCUAACGAUCUUUCAAUAAAAACUGAAGCCACAGAUUGUAACAAUUCUCAAGAUAGCUAUUCAUCCAUAAAUAGGUUUUCCCAAGAUAGUGGGUAUUCCUCCAAAAAUAGUUUCACAUCUUCCCAAGGUAGCCUAGGUUUUGAUGAAUUCAACAUUGAUGAAAAGUCUCCUACUGCUGAAGACUUCUUUGAUAUAAAUGAAUUGGCAGAGGAUGAAGAACCUACAAUUAAAACUGAACUAUAUGAUGCUGAUGAUGAAGAUUAUCAUCAAAAGGAUGAGAAGCUUAUGCCUCCACCACGUUUUCCUAUCUCUAAAGAAGUCAAGGAAUUGGAGGGUACCUCAAUUAGUGAAGCAGAGAAGAAAAAGUUGGAGACUCCUUUGGCUGCAAUGUUGCCUUCAAAAUAUGCAGAUGUCGAUGUGACGGACUUGUUUCCAGAUUUCAGACAUGGAAAGGUAUUGAGGUUUUCAAGAUUGUUUGGUCCAGGAAAGCCCAGUAGUUUGCCAAAUAUUUGGAAGAAUGUAAGGAAAAAGAGGAAGAAGCGCAAACAUAAGGAAAGCAUCAAUCCCCAUGACUCAGACUCAAAUUCUGAUGAUGAUAAACCGAAAAAUCGUGGUUGGUUCUUUGACUAUGCUGAUCCAAAACCUGAGAUGAUUAUGCCUGAUGAUGAGGAAAAGUUUUUAAAACCAGCAGAAGCACCGAACGAAGAAAACAGACAAGAUGCAGAAAAGAAAGAUGAUUCAGGUCCAAAAGCUGCUGAUUGGAGGUUUGGACCUGCUCAAGUUUGGUAUGAUAUGCUUGAAGUACCAGAAACUGGUGACGGAUUUAAUUAUGGAUUUAAAAUUAAUGAACCAGAGAUCAAAGAGGAAAACAAAGAAAACCAAGAUGAGUCUUUUCCAGAUGAUGCUUUUCUAAUGGUUACUCAACUACAUUGGGAAGAUGAUGUUGUAUGGGAUGGAAACGAUAUCAAACAUAAGGUUCAGCAGAAGCUCAGUUCAAAGACCAAUGCAGCUGGAUGGGUACCUAGUAGCGGUAACAGAACUGCCCAAGCUUUUAGUCAGCCUGGUAAAGUUGGAGCUACAAUCAGGAUGCCACCUGUGCCGAAUCCUCCACUACCUGGCAUGAAAGCGAAACAACAAAUGUUGAAAGCUAGGCAGGACCCAGAACAAGAUGACACAUGGUAUUCAAUUUUUCCAGUAGAAAAUGAGGAUUUGGUGUAUGGUCGAUGGGAAGACGAUGUUAUUUGGGAUACAGAAAAUAUGAAAUCUAUCCCAAAACCAUCCAUUUUAACUCUGGAUCCUAAUGAUGAAAACAUAAUCCUUGGCAUUCCUGAUGAUAUUGAUCCAUCUAAACAAGUUGCUGGUCAGCCAACACCUGUGAAAGUAAAGAUUCCACAUCCUCAUGUGAAGAAAUCGAAGAUAUUACUGGGUAAAGCGGGUGUCAUCAAUGUUUUACAAGAAGAUACCCCACCACCACCACCAAAAUCACCAGACCGGGAUCCAUUUAAUAUUUCAAAUGAUAUAUAUUAUCAACCUAGAACAUCAGAAACUACACUAAGACUGAAAGUAGGAGGCGCAAACUUGAUCCAACACUCAACACCCGUUGUAGAGCUAAGAGCACCGUUUAUACAGACUCACAUGGGCCCGAUGCGUCUGAGAAACUUCCAUAGACCGCCUAUGAAAAGGUUUUCGCACGGGGUUUUGAAAGACCCCGGUCCACAUUCGGUUAUGCCGUUGGUGAAGAAUAUAAAGAAGAAGGCUAAGCAAAGAGAGGCGGAAAGAAUGGCUUCAGGAGGUGGUGACGUAUUCUUUAUGAGGACUCCCGAAGAUUUAACUGGUCGUGAUGGUGAUUUAAUUCUCGUAGAAUUUUGUGAAGAGCAUCCUCCUCUAAUGAAUCAGGUUGGAAUGUGUUCAAAGAUCAAGAACUAUUAUAAAAGGAAAGCUGCAAAAGAUGCUGGACCUCCUACUUAUAGGUAUGGAGAAACGGCGUAUGCUCAUACGUCUCCGUUUUUGGGAAUUUUGCAUCCUGGACAGUCAAUACAGGCGGUUGAAAAUAAUAUGUACAGGGCUCCAAUCUACGAACACACCCCGCCAGAGACAGAUUUUCUUAUUAUAAGAACCCGCCAUCAGUACUACAUCAGAGAAGUAGACGCCUUGUAUGUAGCCGGUCAACAGUGCCCUCUUUACGAAGUCCCAGGACCGAAUUCCAAAAGAGCCAAUAAUUUCGUUCGAGAUUUUCUACAGGUUUUCAUAUAUCGUCUUUUCUGGAAAAGUUUAACUAUUCCACGGAAAAUAAGGAUGGACGAGAUUAAGAGGGCUUUUCCGUCCCAUUCUGAGAGCAGCAUCAGAAAGCGUUUGAAGUUGUGUGCUGAUUUUAAAAGAACUGGCAUGGACUCCAAUUGGUGGGUUAUCAAACCAGAAUUUCGUUUACCGACUGAAGAAGAAAUCAGAGCGAUGGUGUCUCCUGAACAGUGUUGUUCUUAUUUCAGUAUGGUGGCAGCUGAACAACGAUUGAAGGACGCUGGUUAUGGAGAAAAAUUCAUCUUCACGCCCGCCGAAGACGACGACGAAGAAAUGCAACUGAAGAUGGACGACGAAGUCAAAGUGGCACCUUGGAAUACGACAAGGGCUUACAUCCAAGCCAUGAAGGGCAAAUGUUUGCUCCAGUUGACUGGUCCCGCUGAUCCUACAGGAUGUGGAGAAGGUUUCAGCUACGUGCGAGUCCCCAACAAACCUACUCAAAGCAAGGAAGAACAGGAGUCGCAGCCCAAGAGGACUGUUACUGGUACAGAUGCUGAUUUGAGGAGAUUAUCUUUGAAUAAUGCUAAAGCUUUGUUGAGGAAGUUUGGAGUUCCUGAAGAAGAAAUCAAAAAAUUAUCUAGAUGGGAAGUAAUUGAUGUAGUCCGGACACUGUCUACAGAAAAAGCUAAAGCUGGUGAAGAAGGCAUGGAUAAAUUUUCUAGAGGAAACAGGUUUUCCAUAGCAGAGCACCAGGAAAGGUACAAAGAGGAGUGCCAGAGGAUAUUUGACUUACAAAAUCGCGUCUUGUCCAGUGCUGAGGUACUCAGUACCGAUGAAGGGGAGAGUUCCGAAGAGGAAAGUGACGAAGAUAUAGAAGAAAUGGGAAAGAACAUCGAGAACAUGUUGGCGAAUAAGAAGACCAGUUCACAGUUGUCCCUCGAGAGAGAAGAACAAGAAAGACAAGAGUUGAGAAAAAUGAUAUUAGAAGGGGAGAAGAAGGAGAAAGAUAAGAAAAAGAUCGAAGACGAAAGUGAGGACCAAAAUUAUAACCCAGGAAGGAUAUUGAAAAUAUUCAGAACUUUUAGGAACCCAGAAGGACGCGAAUUCACCCGCGUAGAAUACGUCCGGAAGCAAGUCGUGAUAGACGCCUACGUCAAAAUUCGUAUGACCAAAGACGAAGAAUUCAUAAGACAGUUCGCUACGUUAGACGAAGCGCAGAAGGAAGAGAUGAAGAGAGAGAAGCGACGGAUACAGGAGCAACUGAGGCGGAUCAAGAGAAACCAAGAGAAGGAAAAGAUGGGAGGUGGGCAUACGCAUAUGCAUUCGACGCCUAUCGUACCGCCUGCAGGGACUGCGAUUGAAAAGUUGCCAAAUCCAAGUGACUCUCUUUCGACACCUGUUACACCAACUUCUAGUAAGAGUAUGUCCUCGUCUCCUCCUAAAUCAAGGAGGAAAACCAAACUCAAGCCAGACCUCAAACUCAAGUGUGGAGCCUGUGGAAAUGUCGGCCAUAUGAGAACAAACAAAGCCUGCCCUCUUUAUCAAGCCACAACUGGUCAGAACCCGCCUAUUAACGUUGCCAUGACUGAAGAACAAGAAGAAGAUAUCGAGAAGCAAAUUAAUACAGACGAUGAAGAUCUCGUAAACGUAGAUGGAACCAAAGUUAAAUUGUCUGGAAAGUUGUUGAAGAAUUACUUUCAGCAUGCCGAGGAGAUUAAGCGCAGGAGUUUAAUGUUAAAAGUCCCUAAGGACGCUUUAGGUAACCGAAAAAGAAGAAGAGGGGUGCAAGAUUUACAUUGUGAUUAUUUGAAGAAGCACAAUAGGCCAGCGAAUAGAAGACGAACGGAUCCUGUUGUCGUUUUGUCGACUAUUUUAGAGAAUAUACUCAAUGAAAUGCGAGAUAUGCCAGACGUCCAGCCUUUCUUAUUCCCAGUCAAUCAAAAACUCGUAUUAGAUUAUUACAAAAUUAUUCAAAGGCCUAUGGAUCUACAAACGAUUCGAGACAAUUUAAGGCAAAAGAAAUAUCAAAGUCGAGAAGAAUUUUUAGCCGACGUUAACCAGAUUGUGGAGAAUUCUUCUCUUUAUAACGGUCCCAAGAGUAGUCUCACGAUAGCCGCUCAGAGAAUGCUCAGUAAAUGCGUAGAACGCUUAGGAGAAAAAGAAGAUCGGCUAAUGCGUUUAGAAAAAGCUAUCAAUCCUCUACUGGACGACGAUGACCAAGUUGCCUUAACUUAUAUCUUGGAUAACGUCGUCAACGCCAAACUAAAAACGAUGUCGGAAUCAUGGCCCUUCUUGAAGCCUGUAAAUAAGAAACUCGUUAAGGAUUACUACAGUAUUGUAAAAAGGCCGAUGGACUUAGAAACUAUCACCAAGAAGGUAACUGCACACAAAUAUCACAGCAGGCAUGAAUUUUUAACAGACAUCGAGCAAAUAUUAGAAAACUGUGUAUUAUAUAAUGGAAAGGAUUCUACAUUUACAGAAAAAGCUGAAAUUCUAGUCAAAGCGUGCAAGGAAACUCUAGAUGAGUAUGAUGAACAUCUUACUCAGCUGGAGAGCAGACUGCUGUUAGCCCAAGAACGAGCUAUGCAGGACGACGACCAAUCUUGGAUAGGAGGAGAUGAAGAGAAUUACACCAUUGCCGAACCCGAUAGAAUUAGUCAGGCAAGUUCACCAGAUCAUCUCUCUUCCGUCAAAUCCCAAGUCGACGAAUUCGAUCUCAUAGACGUAGAGGGAGAAGGCCUUCAUUCCAUAGACGAGCGUCUGUUACCCAAACCUCCGAAGCAAUUAAAGAAAACUCCCAAACACGAGGAGAAUACCUUGGAAGAGGACCUCCAGUUUUCGAGCGAGGAGGAAUUGGAUGAGGUGCCUUUACACGAAUUCGAAGACGACACCAAAGGGAUACUUAUUUCUGCAGAAUUGCCCAUGGAAGGUGUGGCUGCAGACGAUGACAGCCAACAGGCAGCUGAAGCGAUGGUGCAAUUGGGCACUAUGGGCUAUUAUCCACCAACCGAGGGUCAAGAAGGAGAUAGCGCAGAAGCGUCAUUUAUGUACAAAGAUGAAAGCAUGGACGUCGAUCCGAAUUACGACCCAUCCGAUUUCCUGAUGUCUGGUCUUCCCUUGCGGAAAGUUGAAGAAUCAGAACUUCAACAGGAAAACGCCAUGAAGAUCCACGACGAUCUAGCGGUGAGCGAAAGUGAAGACGAAGGUACCAACGCGCCGCAGGAAAACCAGGAUAACAUGCAGGAAGACGACGAUGCUGGAGAUUUAUGGUUUUAAAUAGAAUUGUAAAUUUUUUUCUUAACAGAGAAUUAUUAUUUUUUAUUUCAAUUAGUCUGUGAGACUUAAGGCUACAUUAUGUAUUAUAUUAAGUUCCUAGCCACAACUAAUCUCCACUACCUUGUAUAAUAUGUGUAGUUAUAUUUGAAUAUAGUUAUUUAAGAGUACAGUGUAUAUGAACAUUUAUUAAUAAAAUCAUUUAGUAUUAAA